AUGUCCGACCCGAACGCCAUCUUCCAAAACGCGUACUACAUCGGGAACAACUUCAACACCAUCCUCUAUGGCGUUGAACUCGUGCUGUACUUCGCGAGCGUGGGGCUCAUCCUGCAGAACCGCCGCGGCGGGACCGGGGGCAAGCGCAGCGACCGGCUCUUCUUGUCGCUGAGCACGGGUCUCCUCGCCAUGAUCACCAUCUACGUCGCCGUGCAGUCUGUGUUCGGCGAGGAGAUGUGGAUCGUGAACGCGGACUAUCCGGGCGGCUCGGGCCAGUACCUCGCGGACAACGCCGCGGUGUGGUACCAGACGCUUGGCAGCGCCGCGUCCAUCGUGCUCAACCUGAUGAGCGACGGUCUUCUGAUGUACCGCACCUUCGUCGUCUGGAGCGACUGGCGGGUGAUCGUCUUCCCCGGCAUCCUGUACCUUGCAUCUGCAGCCCUCGGCAUUCUGACAUGCUACGUCUCCGGCACGCCGAACUCGGACUUCUUCCUGGGCAAGGCCGCGGACAUCGCGCUCUCGUACUCGACGGUCGUCAUCGGGCUAAACGUGACGUGCUCCGCGCUCAUCUGCGGGCGCAUCCUGUUCGUCGCGCGCCGCAUGGAGGCGACGCUCGGGCGCGACGUCUCGCGCACGUACACCGGCGCGGCGUCGCUCAUCAUCGAGUCCAUGCUGCCCUACACGCUCUUCGGCAUCGCGUACGUCGUCACGCUCGGCCUCAACAGCCCGUACUCGAUCUUCUUCCUCUCUGUCUACGUCAUGUUCACCUGCGUGUCGCCCCAGAUGAUCAUCCUGCGUGUGCUCAUGGGGCGUGGCUGGACGCGUGAGGCGGCGGACUCGAGCGUCGGCUCGGCGCGUUUCGUGUCAGGCCCGUCGACGUCCGCGGGCGCGUCCACGACGCGUUUCACGUACCGCAGCGAGGGCACGGGCAUCGCGCUCAAGAGCAUCGCGACGUCGUCCUCGCCCGACUUUGGCGGCGACAGCAAAGUCUAA